AUGGAGCCACACCUCCUUCACCCCACUAACCUGCGCUUUUCAACCUCAACCUCCUUAACCUCUGCCACAUAUUCGAUAACACUCUGCGGUGAACAUGCCCAUAAACGAAACCCAACAAUCCAUUGUCUUCAUUUAUCGAAACGGAGCUCCAACCCGUCUUUGAAGGCCAAAAAGGAGCUUUCUCGACUUCUGAGAACAGACGCUGCUGUUAGAAACAUUGAGAAGAAAGCAAAUUCCAACAAGUACAAUAACCUUUGGCCCAAGGCUGUUUUGGAGGCUCUGGAUGAAGCUAUUGCAAACAAUCUGUGGGAGAGUGCUCUUAAGAUUUUUGGACUACUACGUAAGCAACACUGGUAUGAGCCGAGAUGCCAAACAUACACUAAGCUGCUGAUGAUGCUUGGCAAGUGCAGGCAACCUGAGCAGGCCAGCUUGCUUUUCGAGCUCAUGUUAAGUGAUGGGCUAACACCUACUGUUGACGUCUACACCGCUCUUGUUAGUGUUUAUGGAAAAAGUGGCCUCCUUGACAAGGCGUUCUCUACUGUCGAUGAUAUGAAGUCAGUUUCUGACUGCAAACCGGAUGUAUAUACAUAUUCUAUUCUUAUUAAUUCCUGCACCAAAUUCAAUCGUCCUGAUCUGAUUGAAGAAGUUCUGGCUGAGAUGUCAUAUCUGGGGAUCGGAUGCAACACAGUCAUAUACAAUACUCUAAUUGAUGGCUAUGGUAAGGCUGAAAUGUUUGAACUGAUGGAGGACUCGUUGACAGACAUGAUUGAAAGUGGCAGCUGCCUUCCUGAUGUUUUCACAUUAAAUUCUUUUCUUGGGGCUUAUGGGAACUGUGGACAGAUAGAGAAGAUGGAGAAGUGGUAUGAUGAAUUUCAGCUGAUGGGAAUAAGGCCAGACCCUAAGACAUUUAAUAUCCUGAUUAAAUCAUAUGGGAAAGCAACAAUGUACGAAAAGAUGGGGUCUGUUAUGGAGUUUAUGCAGAAAAGGUUUUUCUCCCCAACUGUUGUUACUUAUAAUAUUGUAAUUGAGGUAUUUGGGAAAGCUGGAAAUGUUGAGAAGAUGGACGAAUACUUCAGAAAAAUGAAGUAUCAAGGAAUGAAGCCUAACUCUAUCACCUAUUGUUCUCUUGUUAGUGCGUAUAGCAAAGCUGGGCAUAUGAGUAAAGUUGAUUCCAUUUUGAGGCAAGUAGAGAAUUCGGAUGUUAUACCGGAUACGCCUUUCUUCAACUGUAUUAUUAGUGCUUAUGGUCGGGCUGGUGAUGUAAGAAAGGCGAGCGAAUUGUUUUUGGCAAUGAAAGAAAAAAAAUGUUUGCCUGACCAUAUCACCUUUGCUACCAUGAUCCAAGCCUACAAUGCACGAGGCAUGACUGAGGCUGCUGAGGACUUACAGAAAAGGAUGAUUACCAACACGGAAAAUUCAGGCACAAGGUUGAUUGGAUGCUAG